AUGCCAGCCAGCUAUAGCCGAAGUUGUACAUAUUGUCGAUCCCGCAAAGUCAAAUGCGACCGACAAAGACCCUGCUCGAGCUGUUCGCGCACUGGCACCGAAUGUAUCUACCCACCCGGGCCCGGGAGAGCGCCCAAAAAGCCCCGGCUUCACGUUGACGAACGGGUGCUUAAACGAUUAUCACAUCUCGAGACCUUGCUCUCACACCUGGUGCCCGAGACAGACAAUGUCAAGCCGGGAGAGGCUAACCUUCAACUGGAAACCAACCAACAGGCAGUAGACCCAGCAAAGGAGUCUCUCAACGAAAGUCUGGAGCACCAGAUGGGGCGACUGGUCAUUGAAGAUACUCGUAGUCGCUAUGUGAGCCAUGUGCUGUGGGCGAAUCUUGGAGACGAAGUGGAGGAGCUACGCGAAUCCCUUUACGAGCCCUCCGAAGAGACUGGAAAUUCGGAUGACGACUUCGCAGACCGCGCAACACCCGAGCUCUCCCCAUCAGCUGGCAUCAAUGCCUCGAUAAUGGGAAUCCAAACAUUAGAGUCAUCUUUGCAUUCAUAUCAUCCGCCCUUGUCCGAAGCUUUGACGUUGUUGGAGACGUUCAAGUCGGGGGUGGCUCCGCUAGUCCGGAUCUUCCAUCUCCCUUCUCUGAUAAAUACUUGCUGGGAUGUUCUGGGCUCACCAGAAGCGACAGAUUGCAACACCGAAGCCCUGAUGUUCUCUAUAUACUACGCGAGUGUGAUUAGCAUGAGCCCCCAGGAAUGCGAGAAGACCCUUGGCCUUCCACGCCCCGUGGCACUGAAGCAACGUCGGUUCGCCGUUGAGCAAGCCAUCGCACGAUCCAACCUUCUCAACACAGACAGCAUGGUCCUCUUGCAAGCAGUUGCUCUCUUUGUAACGGCUUUGCGGAACGAAGAUGCUUCCAGGACCUGCUGGUCUCUGACCGCCCUAUUAUUCCAUACGGCUCGGGCUAUGGGACUGCAUCGAGAUGGUGCUUCGUUUGGGCUAAGUCCAUUGGAGACGGAGCUCCGGCGGCGGCUCUGGUGGAAUAUCUGCUUAUUGGAUAUUCGGUCGGCUGAAAACGACGGCUGCGAUCCGAUUGUAGGUGUUUGGAAUGAAUCCUUCGACACAAAAUUCCCCUUGAAUGUGAAUGACCGGGAUCUAUCGCCCGAUCUGAAAGAGCCACCGCCAGAACGCGAAGGCAUCACUGAAAUGACUCUAUUUCUCAUUCGCUGUGAAGUAGUACGAGUCAUGUGGAAGACAUGUUAUUUCCCUCCCAUGAAAAACCCCAAAAAUGAAUUGUCAGUCCCGGAGCUAGUGGCUCUGAUCAAGGACUUGGAGACACGGCUGGAAGAGCGCUAUCUCAAGAAGUGCGACCUGUCUAUUCCGCUCAACCACGUAUGUGUGCUUGUGGCGAGACUGCUGAUAGCACGCUUAUUUCUCAUUGUUUCUUACCCGUCGCGCAGGAAAGAAACAGCGCCAGGAUCGACUGGUAUCCGGGAUCAGCUCUUCUUACUCUCCCUCACUGUUCUCGAAAUAUCGAAGAGGCUAGCCACAAGCCCCGAAUUUUAUCCUUGGAACUGGCAUUCCGGAGCACAUAUACAAUGGCAUGCCAUUCUAAUCAGUCUUAUCGAGAUAUGUUUUCGUCCGCCGUCCGACGAAUGCGACCGGGCCUGGGAGUGCAUUGAGGUGCUCUCUGAAUGCUGGAAGAUGAAGGAGCAUCGAGGCCACUUCUGGGGGCCUGUGAAACGGCUUCAGGCCAAAGCCCGAUGCAUUCGUGAGCUCCAAAAGUCACAGCCGUAUAGACCCGCAGCGGAUUGGAAGGAUCGAAUGUUCGAGGAAGGUCACCAAAGCAUGAAACACAGCCCGUCGACAGUGCCUGCUUCUUUUGCCACUUUCUCCGAGACAAAUGAGAGCACUGGCUGGAGUAGCAUGUUUUCUGAUGACUCGCUGGAGCAACUAUUUGAAGGUUUCCCUCAUUCUUCGAUUGCACCAUUUAUGCCAAGCCCUGCGGGGGUGAGAAUGUUAUUGGGACCUGGGGGGAUUGAGCCGACCAAAUCGAAUCAAAUACGAAGAGGCUCCCAUGAAGACGAAAAUCUGCCGAACUGCAACGCUUGCGAUUGUACCCCAGAAAAACGUCUUGAUUGCGCUUUGGAAGAAAUAAUGACUCAACCGGAUCACAAAUCAUAG